AAUAUUUUUUUUUUAAUAUAAAACCCAAUUUUAUAAAAAGUCGUGUGAAGUAGACGACGACUUCAGUCCGAAAAACAUGCUUCUCCCUCUCGUUUCCCGCGCAUAAUUUGUUUUUCCGUAAAAAAGUGAAAAGAAAAAUAAAAAAGAAAAGGGGGAAAAAAUCAAUCAGACGAAAGAACCCUAGAAUAUAAGAAUACGAUUCGAAGAAUUCCAAUUUCUCAAAUCGAGUGCCAAUUGUAGGGAAUGUGAAAUGGCGAGCGACGCGGAGCGAGUGGAGGAAGAAGAAGAAGAAUCGGCGAGCGAACUGUUGAGAGAUCGAUUCCGUCUCUGCACCAUCGCCAUCGCCGAAGCCGAAGCGAAGCAAAAUGGCAUGGAAGUUUCUCAGCCAAUCAUGGCGUGUAUCUCCGAUUUAGCCUUCAAAUAUGCCCAACAACUAGCAAAAGACCUUGAAUUGUUCGCACAACAUGGUGGUCGAAAGUCCGUGAACAUGGAAGAUGUUAUCCUUUCUGCUCACCGUAAUGAUCAUCUGUCUGCCUCGUUGAGGUCCUUCUGCAAUGAUCUAAAAGCAAAGGAACCUCAAUCGGAUAGGAAGAGAAAGAAGAACACGAAAAAGGAAGACAAAGCUGCUGCAGAUGUGCUACAUAUUGCAGAUCCCUAGCUUGAAAAUUCUUGUUGGUGUUUACUGAAAUACCUGAAACAUAAUGUUAUAUCAAUAUGGCGUUUGCAUAAACAUUAAGGCUCUGUUUGGAUCAUGGAUUUCAAAAUAUAAAAAACGAAAAAUGUAAGGGAAAAUGAAUUCAAUGUAUUCUAGAAUCACAUGUAUGUUUGCUCCCAAAGAAAAGCAAUCUGGAAAAUGAUUUGUGGAAAAUCCACUUCC